GGAAGAGAGUAGGGUGCACAACGCGUAUGUAUGCGCAUGCGUUGAAGCUUCGGGUCGGCGAUUGGGAGCGGUGAAUCAUAGGGCUGCUGGCGGAGGUGUGUCCAGAGGGGCGCGCGCCACUCUCUGAGGCCGAUGAUUGGCCGGCUCCGGUCACAUGGUUUCGGGCAGCAGGCGAUGCGCGCGGGUGCGACGUCAACGCAACCCGCUGAGCUCUUGGUACCUGUCUACCGCGGCCCGGCAGCCGCCGAGUCCUUCGAGGCCCCGGGUCAGGCGGUUUGGUAAUUGCCUUCGCGGUCGCCAUGGACAACUCCGGGAAGGAAGCGGAGGCGGUGGCGCUGCUGGCCGAGGCAGAGCGCAAAGUGAAGAACUCUCAGUCCUUCUUCUCGGGCCUCUUUGGAGGCUCAUCCAAAGUAGAGGAAGCAUGCGAAAUCUAUGCCAGAGCAGCGAAUAUGUUCAAAAUGGCCAAAAACUGGAGUGCUGCCGGAAAUGCUUUCUGCCAGGCAGCCCAGCUGCACCUGCAGCUCCAGAGCAAGCACGACGCAGCCAUCUGCUUUGUGGAUGCCGGCAACGCCUUCAAGAAAGCCGACCCUCAAGAGGCCAUUAACUGUUUGAUGAGAGCAAUCGAGAUCUACACAGACAUGGGCCGAUUCACCAUCGCGGCCAAACACCACAUCUCCAUCGCCGAGAUCUAUGAGACGGAGCUGGUGGACAUCGAGAAGGCCAUCGCCCACUAUGAGCAGUCUGCAGACUACUACAAAGGCGAGGAGUCCAAAAGCUCAGCCAACAAGUGUUUGCUGAAGGUGGCUGGCUACGCGGCGCAGCUGGAGCAGUACCAGAAGGCCAUUGACAUCUAUGAGCAGGUGGGAACCAACGCCAUGGACAGCCCCCUCCUCAAGUACAGCGCCAAGGACUACUUCUUUAAGGCAGCCCUCUGCCACUUUUGCAUCGAUAUGCUCAAUGCCAAGCUGGCUGUGCAGAAGUAUGAGGAACUGUUCCCUGCCUUCUCAGAUUCCCGGGAGUGCAAGCUGAUGAAAAAAUUGUUAGAAGCCCACGAGGAACAGAACGUGGACAGCUUUACUGAGGCGGUGAAGGAAUAUGACUCCAUCUCGCGGCUGGACCAGUGGCUCACCACCAUGCUGCUGCGGGUCAAGAAGACCGUCCAAGGCGAAGAGGAGGACCUGCGCUAAGCCCCAGUCUCCAUUUUCCUGCCCAUCCGCCCCCCUGGCAGGCCCUCCAGCAAGGAUCCCAGGCAGAGGCCUGGGAGAGGUGGGCCUGAGAGCUUGGCUGUGAGCCCCUCCCUCCCUCCCCACCCUAGGAGGCUCGGGAGCCACAGUGCGGCUCAGCGAGGCUUUGGGGACACCCCAGGCUGGGGCCUGCUGGCUAGUCACCUCUGUUCUCGCUAUGUCCCUCACCCCCACCCGUUUAUUUAAGCUCCCAGAGGCGCCCUUCUUCACCCAAAGACCAGAGUCCUGACAGACCUACCUGCUGUGGGUGCUGCUGGGUUUGGGGUCAGCAUCAGCAUCUGGCCCCUAGAUCCUGACCAGCUGAGUCUUGAACUGGAUUCUCUCUCUCACCCACUCGGUCUCCCAGCCCAGCUCUGAGCACAUGUAGCCACUGAGAUUUGCUCUCGCCCUUGGGGUGGCCUCCUUUCCCCCAGCCUCCCGCAGCCCUGACCUCUCAGGAUAGACCCCAGGCCCUGUUGCACCAAGGGUUGUCCCGUACCUGCCCACAUCACCUUCCUAGUGCUUUGAGGUUUGUCAGUCAGAAGCUGCAGCUGGCCCAAGAAAGAAAAUUAAAAAACAAAAAAACACU